AGCUUUACUAUAUAAUAUAUUGAUAUUUGCUAAAAUAACAAGUUAUCAGAUCUCUAGGACUUUGACCUUUGCUGUCUUAUCGAUAUUUAAAUGUGACUGAAAACAAUCAGAAGAUCAUUGGCACAAUGUUCUCGGAGCCUAUUGCCGUUGGGCGGCUCUCGCCGCCGACGUUGCGUAUUUUUCGUAUAUAAAACUUGCUGAAUUGUGCCCUGUGGCAAAUGCAAUGAACUAAUCAAAGCUUUCCAUGUUGACAAAACAUGGCGGUCUACAUCCUUUUUGGGAGGCGCCUUGUAGAGGACACACAUAAAUAAUUCGAAGAAAAGCAAGUAAUAUGCGAUGCAAGACGCCGCUCACCUGGAUUUGCCACUCCGUCCCCCAUUUUUAGUAGGUAUGCAUUCUGUAUGCAUCGGAAGUGGAAGAUUAAGUGACUGAGACAUGAAGCUGCUCACCAAAAUAAAGAGGGGACUCCUUGAUUGCUACUCUACUAUCACGGCAACUCAAAUCGUGGUUUAACCUUUUGAGACCUUCGGGAAAUAUCUAACCUAUUUAUCAUGGCUGGGAAAGACCAACUCAGUAUUAUCAUAGUCGGGCCAGGACUUGUCGGAUUGGAUACGGCCAGUGUAUUGCGGGAGAAGUGCCAGGUUGCUGUGUAUGAGCGCGACAGCCCUUCAAUCGCGGCCGGAGGUCAGGGAAUCACGAACUUUCCCAAUGCCAUCAAGAUUAUGAACCAAUUAGGCUAUAUGACCCAGAGCGGUCCGGUUCUGUUCCUAGUGAGAGAUUUAGGACUCCAAACAAGCAGGGCAAUAUCAUCUUUGAUGUCUAAAUCCCCUUUAAGGAAAAGUACGGCGCGCCGGCUGUGUGCCACAUGCAGACUGAUUUGAGAGCCGAGCUACUGCGCCUAGCUACGGCUUCGUCUAAGGAUUUGGGUAUCGGUGGCCAGCUUGCUAAGGUGGUACUCGACAACGGUGCCUAAGACUUUGACUUUGAAGCCGGUGAGAUUAUUCUAGACGAUGGUACACAAAAGCCAAGGCCGAUGCCAUCACUGGUAUGUGUUCUGCUCGAAUACUGCAUAAUUGCCUGACAAGACUUCAGUUGCGGAUGGUAUUCAUUCUCGCCUGCGGCCCUUGAUUGCCGGCGCAGACUACCUUCAGCCUAGGAAUGGAUUGACGUGUUCUCGAGUGGCUAUCUCUGCUAACCAAGCCAUCGAGGCUCUUGGGUAUGGGAACUUCAGGACAUGGAGCCCCUCGAUAGAUGGACUGCGGGUUGCGCUAUCCUCGUUGGCGAUGCGGCUCACGCAAUGAUACUGAUGCAAGGCUAAGGUGCCAACAGUAGCAUUGAGGACGCAGAAGCAUUCCGGCUCUUGAUCGAGCCCGGGGUAACUCGCGAUGAUGUCCCUGAAAUCCUUAAGUAGAUAGAGAAGUAUAGACUACCUCGUGCCGCAGCCAUCCUUAAGAAUAGGAGAAAGACGAGCCGCGGGGUCAGCGGGGGAGAGAUGCGGAUUAAUCG